UUUUUCCAUACUACCAUGUCUUCUCCACCAACGAUAGCCAUCCUGUCAAUAGGCCAGAUGGGCCUCGGCAUCGCUUCGCUCCUUCUUGCCCACAACUACCGCGUGAUCAGCAACGUCAGUGACCGUAGUCCGUCAACACAGAACCGCGCCAAGUCUGCAAACAUUACCUGUGUCGACACAGAUGAGGAAUUGGUGCAGCAAGCGGAUUACAUCCUCUCAAUCGUGCCACCAAGAGAUGCCGUCGCCACUGCCAAACGCGUUGUGGCUACCAAAGCAACCAAAGAAGUCUGGUAUCUAGAUCUGAAUGCCAUCAGCCCUGCAACCUCGAGGCAAAUAAGAGAGAUUUUGAAAGAGAAGGAGAGCGUGAAGAUGGUAGAUGGCGGCAUCAUCGGCGGGCCACCAUCUCAAGCAGAAGACGGAAGCUGGACAAAACCCGACAUACCAUUCUCCGGGCCAAACAAAAUUGCACACGAGGAACUGAUCACGGCAUUAAACAUGCGAUUUGUAGGCGACGAGAUUGGCAAAGCAAGCGGUCUGAAAUGCUGCUUUGCCGCACUGUCCAAAGGCUUCACAGCACUGGCAUUGCAAUCAUUCACGACAGCAACAUCAUUGGGAGUAUACGACGAGCUUCAAUACUAUUUAGGAGUAUAUAAUCCCGGAGCAGGAGAGAAGGGGAGGAAGGCGGUGGUGGGUUGUACGGGGAAGGCGUACAGGUGGGUCGAGGAGAUGAAUCAGAUUGGGGAGUGCUUUGCAGCAGAUGGAGGGUGGGAGGCACAAGCGAAGGUGUUCAGUGAGAUUGCCGGUGUUUUCCAAGGUUUGGCGGAUGUGGUCGAGAAGGAGGGCCAGGAGGGAAUGAGGGAUGCGGUGGGUGUUGUAAAGGUGUUGGGAGAUGGGUUGAGAGAGAAGAGAUAGGUCGCAUGAUCAACAAGAUUAGAGCUUAGUUGCUGACA